AUGAAGAAGGGUGAUUGGUUGAUUUAUUACUCACCUCGUGAGACAAUGGAGACAAAGUCAAAGGCUCUAAAGAGCUUCACGGCGAUAGGCGAGGUAGCUGACGACGAGGUCUACCAAUUCAAAAUGACAGACACCUUCAUACCCUUUCGUCGACGAGUCAACUAUAUCAAGCAAGCAAUCACUACAUCCAUAAUCCCUUUACUGCCUCUUCUUUCAUUCACAAAGGAUCGUCAGUCAUCAUGGGGCGUAAUGUUCCGCAAUGGACUGUUUGAAAUCAAUGAGCAAGACUUUAAACUUAUCAGAGACAGGAUGAUUGUAGUCUGUGACAAGGAGGAGGAAGAGAUAACAUCUUUGGAUGUUUCAAAUGUCCUGACAGAAUCUGAUGAACAAUGUAUAACUGUUGAGCGACCAACUAAGAGGCUGCGUGUCAAAGUGAACAAAGAAGAAAAGGACAAACAGCAAUAA